AUGGUAUACAGCAAUAUAAAGAUAGCCGCUCCCGCGAAAUUUAAACUGGACGAUCCGGUACGCGUCAGCAAAUUUAAGACGAUCUUCGAGAAAGGUUUCACGCUCAAUUGGACCACCGAAAUAUUUCGAAUAACCAAAGUGCAACGGACUAAUCCCGUAACGUAUCUAUUGAAGGAUUCGCGCAACGAACCGAUCGCCGGAGAAUUCUACAAACACGAGUUGCUGCGCGUCUCCGAUCCCGACGUUUAUCUCGUGGAGAAGGUGCUACGCCGAAAGGGCGACGAGGUUUACGUGAAAUGGUUGGGAAUGGACGAGACUCAUAAUUCCUGGAUAAAUAAAACAGCCGUGUUACGAUAA